GUCAAAAAAGGACCCGAAGCUCAAAAUCCCAUAGAGUCUUAGCUUUUUGACACACAAAUCCAUCUCAGGAAAGGUGUUGAUUCUCUCUCUCUCUAAGAUCCUAGAGAGAGAGAAAACGCCAUGGAUGUGAGGAAAAUAGUAGUUGUGGUCGAAGACAUAGAAGUAUCGAGAACAGCUCUUCGAUGGAGUCUACACAAUUUGCUCCGAUACGGCGACUUGCUGACUCUCCUCCACGUCUUCUCGGCCACGAAAUCAAUGAGCAAAAAGAAAGCGAGGAUGCUUCGAUUGAAAGGCUAUCAGUUGGCUCUCUCCUUCAAGGAGAUAUGCAACUCCAAUUUCUUUAACACAAAUAUUGAGAUGAUUGUGACGGAAGGGGACCAGGAAGGCAGGAAGAUCGUAGCCAUGGUGCGAGAGAUUGGUGCCUCUUCUCUCGUCGUCGGCCUUCAUCGUCAGAGCUUUCUUUACAAUGUUUUGAUUGGCAAUAGGUUGGCAUUGGCCCACUACGACAACAUAGCAAACAGCUUGAGCUGCAGAGUACUUGCCAUCAAACAACCAGAAUUGACACCACUUAGGGGCAAGACCAGAGAAAUGUUACCCCCACUUGACGGUUCAACUACCUUGGACUUUUCCCAAAUUGAAAUUUCGGGUUUGCAGGUACCGGACAUUCCUACAAAAAUCCCAUAUCGAAUCUGUCCAAGCCCUUCUGCAAUUAUUUGGAGGACAAGAAGGUCGAGGAAAAAAAAGAGUUAUUCAAAUGGAGAUUGACGUUCAAACUCAGAUCAUUAUUGUAUCUAAAAUGCACAUAGUUUGUGAUCUAAUUCUCUACAAUUUGGCUUUUUCUUACAUAAUAUUAAA